AUGCCUGCAAAUGCACUGGUGACUAUUUUCCACGGCCCUUAUGAAUCCAAUGGACUGGUGCUACACAGGACCUUCCGCCUGCAGGGUCUCCAAGCAGCUCUCACAGCUCGGGGCCACCGGUGUGUCCUGGAGGAGGUGCCGGACUGGAACAUGGUCAAGCUCGUGAUCAGCGGGGAGCUGGUCUUCACAUGUAACAUAAAACAGCUGGAGUUUGGCGGAGACGGACAGCUGGAUCCUGUCGUCGGAGAGGCUGUUGCUGCUGUGGAGAAUGCGUACUGAAGAUAAAAGGACCUGGAUCAGAGGAUUUCAUUGCAAUGACUGCAUGAAUGAGCGACUUGUAUUCUGUGACACUUCCAGGUCUGAAAGUUGUUUUUUUCCCCCUGAAGGCUGGUGAUAGUUGGGUAUGAUUUGUUUCUGCAAAGAGCUAAAAAGCAAAACUGUAACCUUAACACCUUCAUAGAAACAUUCCCAAAAGUUUUCAAAACGUCAAAAGUUGUAUUUUCUGCCAGUCACCAAAAUCAGACGGAUGUGUUCUCAUU